AUGGACCUCGGCGGGGCCACCGUCGAGGACGGCGCGCCGCGGCGAGGCGACCGCCUGGCGGCUGCGCGGUUUAACCUUCGCCUGAUCUUCUACGUCUGGUUCUGGUACCGGCUAAUCGACAGCAACAGCUACGGAGCCUUCCUCGACAUCUACCUGUCGGAGCUCACAGGCGGCCGCGCGUAUUUCGUGGGCGUGGUGGAGACGGUGAUGUCCUUGACCCAGGUAGGGCUGGCGUUUCCCCUCGGCUACUUGUCUGACAAGCAUCCGAGGUCGUCGGUAAUGCGGGCCAGCGUCUUCCUCGGCAUCUUGGCAUGCAUAUGCUUCUUCUCCGCAGUUCUCUCGGACUCUAAGCCAGGCCUGGUGGCCGCUGCUGUGGCGUACGCAGCUUACAAGGCCAACUACUGCGGAACGAUGGACAUGGUGAUGGCCGACUGCGCCACGCCGGCGACGGCCGCGCCAGUGGCCGCACGCAAGACGCAGUUCGGCACCCUGGGGGCGUCGUUUGGCCCCCUGGCGCAGCUGGCGCUGCUGGCGGCAGGGCUCGGGCGGGGCGGGAGUGCCGAGGGCGCGGAGCCGUGGAGCCUGCCGCAGCUGCGCGGCCUGAUCCUCGCCAGCUGGGCCGCGUUCCCGCUCAUCGCGCCCGCGCAGUGCGUGUUCCGGGACAUGCCGCUCAGACCGCCCGCCGAGGGCCUGCGCGAGAGCCCAGAGGGGCUGGGCGAGCCGUUCACGCCCACAGCUUCCGAGGCCUCCUCGGUCGAGAGCGGCCCGCGGCGGCCGCCGAGGCCGUGGUGGGUGGUGCCCGCCCUGCUGGAGGGCUUCCGGCUGGCCCUGGUGCUUUGCUUUGGCAUAUCCGUUCGCUACCUCGCCCUCAUGUUCAGGAGGGGGACUUCGGCUUCACGCCCGAGGCGGUGGCCGUCCUUUACGUCGUGUCCCCGCUGCUGCAGACGCUGA